AUGCAUGAAAUAAUGUUGAUGCUCCUCCUCGUUGUGAUGGCCGUCCUUUGGAGGUGGAGCGAGGCGGUCAUGUUGAUGUCGGCCCUGGUUCGGAGUCUAUCGCAGCAGCCUGCUCUAGUUGUCACGGACCGCGUGACCGCGCACCGCCUCCUCAUCCGCGGCAGCGCCGGGGGCUCCUUCUGUAACCGUCCGCCCUCCACCACGCCCAGCGCUGUCCUCUCGCGCCGCCGCUUCCACAACCUAGGCUCGGUGCCCUACGGCCCACUCUGGCGUGCCAUGCGCCGCAACAUCACCGCCGACGUCCUCCACCCGUUGCGCCUCCAUCGCUACGCCGCCGCGCGCCGCCGCGCGCUGCGCGGCCUCGUCGUAGACCUCACCAAGCAGUGCACGUCCACACAGGGAGGCGGAGGACUAGGAGUAGUCCUCGCUGCAGAGAGUAUCCGCUCGGCCAUGUUCGCCCUGAUGGCCACCAUGUGUUUCGGCGACGGCGUGGACGCGGGGCGUGUCCGCGCCAUGGCCGACGCCCAAAGGGACUUCUUCCAGCUCUUUCCAACGCAGGACGUGUUCGCCAACUUGAGGCUCCCUGGUGCGCUCGCUAGGAUCGUCUACUGCAAAUAG